AGCCUUGCUCUUCUUGAUAAGCUCAUCAACCCAACCAAACACUCCUCUCUCUCUCUCUCUCCAAACCUCCGACAACUCGCCGGAAUCGCAAUACCCACCUCGCCGGAACCCUCACCCACCUCGCCGGAAAAUGGGUUUUCCUCCAACCCGCUGAAAACCCAACAUGCCGGAACCCAGCAACCACAACAAAGAACCAAACUCGCCGGGAUCCUCCGCUAGCGACCCGAGUCUCCGGCGAGCCAUCAAGCUCACGACUUCCCUAAUCUCUCUCUCCCACUCCAUCAGGGUCUUCUCGGUCAAAUGGCAAUCGAUACGUACCAAGCUCGAGGACCUCCUCUCCGGCCUCGCCUCGGUCGAAAACUCCGGCGCCGGCGAAAACCCGCUCCUCUCCGGCGAGAUUCCGGCGAUAUUUUCCACCCUCAACGACUGCCACAACCUUUCCAAAGGAUGCCUCGACCUGUCUUUCAGUGGAAAGCUUCUAAUGCAAAGUGAUUUGGACAUAAUUGGGUCCAAGUUGGAUUCUCAUACGAAGAAUCUUUCGAGUAUUUAUACGGCUGGGAUUUUGAAGAAUAGCUAUGCAAUUGUGGUGUUAAGGCCUGGGCCUGCAGCUUCUAUGGAGGAUGUGAGGUUCUAUGUCAAGGAUUUGUUGGCAAGGGUGAAAGUUGGGGGGACUGAGUUGAGGAAACAAGCGUUAGUUGCUUUUAAUGAAGUGAUUGAGGAAGAUGAGAUGUAUAUAAAGAUUGCUGUGGAGAUUGGGGGUUUUAUUGGAGUUUUGGUGAGUUUUCUUGAAUUUGAAGAGGCUGAGGUUCAGGAAGAGGCUGCAAUGGCAGUAUCGGUGAUUGCAGGGUUUGACAUAUACAAGAGUGUACUAAUUGGUGCCGGGGUAAUCGGGCCGCUGAUUCAGGUUUUGGAGAGUGGAAGUGAAAUUGCUAAAGAAAGAUGCACAAGGUGUUUGAUGAAACUAACCGCGAAUUCAGAUAAUGCUUGGUCAGUUUCAGCUCAUGGGGGAGUGACUGCACUAUUGAAAAUCUGUGCUAGUUAUGAUUGUGGUGGUGAAUUGGUUGGCUUGGCUUGUGGGGUGUUGAGAAAUCUGGUUGGGGUUGAAGAAAUCAAGAAGUUUAUUGUUGAAGAAGGUGCAAUUUCCACCUUCGUUAGGCUAUUGAGGUCUAAAGAUGAAGUUUCACUAAUAAACGCAAUUGAAUUCCUACAAUCGAUGGCAUCUGGAGAUGAUUCAAUUAGGCGAAUGAUAGUUAAAGAAGAUGGGGCUCGGCUUCUACUACGCGUUUUGGAUCCCAAGUAUUCGUUUAUACUGAAAUCGCGGCUGGUGGCAUUAUGUGGAAUAAUGAAUCUUUGUUUCACAUCUGUGUUUUCCUUAUCCAUUUUGAUGAAUGAUGGGUUUUUGGAUCACAUACUCUAUUUUCUUCGAAAUGGGGAGCUUUCGAUUCAAGAAUUGGCAUUGAAGGCAGUUUUUAAGCUAUGUGAGAUAUCGGAAGACGGGAAUAAAGCAAUGGGGGAAUCGGGGUUUAUGCCAGUACUUGUUAAAUUGCUCGAUUCUAAGUCAUUUGAAGUUCGCGAAAUGGCAGCUGAAUCGCUGUCGAUCAUGAUUUCCAUCCACAGGAAUCGGAAACGGUUUGUGCAGAAUGAGGAAAACGUCGGCUUGAUACUGAAAUUGCUUGAUCCAGAGGAGGGAAACUCAGGAAACAGAAAGUUGUUGUUGUCUAUUUUGAUGUCACUAACCAGUUGCCACGGUGCUAAAAAGAAAAUUGUACAUUCUGGGUAUAUGAAACACAUAGAGAAACUGGCAGAGGCCGAGGUUUCGGACGCGCAAAGGAUUGUCAGGAAGCUGUCUUCGAAUCGAUUCCGCAGUAUGUGGAGUGGAAUCUGGCAUUCUUGAUCACUGUAGAUCGCUCUAGAUUUUGUUCUGUAUAUUUCUACAUAAGUGUUUUUCAAGUUUCUUAAACUUGCUUUCAUUUUACUUCUCUCAGCAAGAGAGAGUCUUAGAACACACCUAUGUCUAGAUUGUAACCCUCAAUGUAGAUCCCAAUAAAAUUGUAAUUCUUUUGAGAUUUUGAUA